CGAUAAAUGAUAGAUGUGAUCAGAUCUUUGCUGGACAGGUUUUUCUUUGAACAACGUACUACGAAACAAGCAGUGGCCGGGGAUAGUAGAUCAGGAAAGCUAAAAUGUUCCGAUUACUAAUUGUGUUGACCUCUGUUGUUGCCUUGAGCUCUUGUUCAACCCCACAGAAUAAAUUGGACUCUGGAAACGAUGCACAACAAAACCACUGUGGAAAGUCUGAUUCAAAGGAAUGCUGUUGCUGUCGCGACGGUAGAGAUGGUCGGGAUGGUCACAAUGGUGUACAAGGUAUUCAAGGCAUCCGAGGUAUUCAAGGCCCGCAAGGCGUCCAAGGUAAAGAUGGCCGCGACGGAAGAGACGGGAGAAACGGAGCGAAGGGUGAAAAAGGUGAGUCUUGUGUCUCAGCUGAACGUCCUGACACCGCUGGAAUAUGUGCAAGGAGUAUCGCUGGUGCUGUUCGCUAUAAUGCUUCCCAAAAUGCUUUGGAAUGGUGCAAUGGUAAAGCUUGGUUACCGGUGGUGAUUGGCGGGAAAGGUCUCGCUGCUAAUGAACCGGGACGUCAUUGUCUAGAUAUUUUGAAGUCAGGUCACGGUCGUGGUAACGGACUUUAUUGGAUCGAUCCAAACGGAGGCUCGACAGAUGACUCAUUCCAAGCUUUUUGCGACAUGGAAACCGAGGGCGGAGGCUGGACACUAAUUUCCACCAAAGUGUCCUCAAGCUUCAUCUUCAUCAAAACAACGUUCUCAGCAUCAGCAGCAAAAACUACAGACGCCGAUGCAGCAAGUCACAUCCACCCGAACAUGGGGGACUGGGAAGAGGUCAUGUUCCGGUUCAGUGACGUCAGCACCAUCCGGGUUAUUUACAAUAGAAAGGCGAUCGCUCCAAAUAACGACAAAACAGACUUCGAUAAGUUCUUAUCGGGAACAACUUACAAUCAAAACAAGAACAUCCACGGGUUUUACAAGUACAGCCCGGCUGAUAACAAUAAGAGGAAUCCCUCUUCUGGUUUUGCCACAAUAUCCAAGCUGCACUUCUAUUCAAAAUACGGAAUAUCUGAAGUUCAUGAUGGCACAGACAAGUGGAUUAACAUGUGGCAUAGUGCCCAAAGCUCAAACAACUUCGUCACUUCCGACGACCGCCUUGCGCGUGGUACCAAGUGUAUCGCAGGCUACUGUUAUCUGAACAAACCAAUCUGGGUGAUGGUGCGAUAGAAACAAACUGUAGUUGAAAACCAAUAGAAGGCGCUGUCAAGUUUCUGUAAGAUGUUAGGAUAGAAGGG